AUGCCCACUCUGUCUGUGUUCACAGAUGUGCCCAUGGCCCAGAAGCUAGAGGGCAGCUUGCUCAAGACAUACAAGCAAGAUGACAACCCUAACAAGAUGUUCCUGGCCUAUAAAGUCUGCAUGACCAGUGAAGGCAGACCCUGGGUAUCCUCCGUGGUGCGCAAGACUCGAAAGCAGAUUGCCCAAGAUCCCUCCCUGAACUAUGAGUACACGCCGGUGAUGGGCAUGAAAUCAUUCGUCCAGGCUUCCCUGAACCUCCUCUUUGGAAAGAACAGCCAAGUCAUUGUGGAGAACAGGGCAGGGGGUGUGCAAACCGUGGGGGACAGCGGCGCUUUCCAACUCGGGGCUCAGUUCCUCAAAACUUGGUGUCAGAAUUCUCAGAUUGUUUACAUCGUUUCUUCUCAAAAAGAACCUCAUGGACUCAUCUUCCAGGACAUGGGCUUUACAGUGUAUGAACACACCUUCUGGGACUCUGCGCAUCUGUGCUUGGAACCCAACAUGCUCCUCGAUGUGGUGGAGCAUGCCCCACAUGGCUGCGUCUUUGUGAUCGGGAGUAUCGGCAACUGUCAGCUGACCCCGCGUCAGUGGACACAGUUGAUGACCCUGAUGAAGAGCAAGGAGAUAUUUCCAUUUUUUGACAUUCCCUAUCAAGGUUUAUCCACCGGUGACCUGGAGGAAGAUGCUAGAUUCUUACACUACUUUGUGUCUCAAGGCUUUGAGUUCUUCUGCAGCCAGUCUCUAUCCAAGAGUUUUGGCAUUUAUGACGAAGGAGUGGGUACACUUGUGGUGGUGGCGCUCAACAACCAGCUCCUGCUGCGCGUCCUCUCCCAGCUGAUGACCUUCGCGCGGGCCCUGUGGCUCAACCCUCCCACCACGGGUGCUCGCAUCAUCACCUCCGUCCUCUGUAACCCUGCUAUGCAGGGAGAAUGGAGACAGAGUCUGGAAGGGGUUGUAGAGAAUGUCAUGAUGACCAAGGAAAAGGUGAAGGAGAAGCUCCGGCUUCUGGGAACCCCUGGCUCCUGGGAUCACAUCACUGAGCAGAAAGGGUCCCACAGCUAUCUUGGACUCAACUCCCAACAGGUGGAAUACCUGAUCAGUGAAAAGCAUAUCUAUAUCCCCAAGAAUAGUCGGAUCAACUUCACCUGUAUCAAUUCCUACAACAUAGAUUACAUCACUUCGAGCAUCAAUGAGGCUGUCUGCUUCACAAAGGACUCAGAGAAAUAG